UCGCGUCGCUCUCAAACAAGAUUAGGUUUUGGCCAUCUCUCCUACGCCGCUCCGAUGGCGAUCGCCGCCGUGGCCCGAUCCCUCGCCUCCUUCUCAUCCUCCUCCCGCUCCCACAUCACCCUCGUUCUUACCAAGCGCUUCUUCCUCUCCUCCUCCCACCCAGUCGUCUUCCGCCCCUCUCCCUUCGCGGGCCUCGGCCGGCUCCGUCCCUCGCCCUCCGCCCUCUCCCGGCCGGCCGUCCGGCUCGCGGCGCUGGGGGCUUUCCGGGUGAACUCGAUCCGGUGCAUGGCCCGGCGGCCCGGCGACUCGGCGUACUCGCCGCUGAACUCCGGAUCGGGCGGCGGGUUCAGCGACCGGCCGCCUACGGAGAUGGCGCCGCUGUUUCCCGGGUGCGACUACGAGCACUGGCUCAUCGUCAUGGACAAGCCCGGAGGCGAAGGGGCCACCAAGCAGCAGAUGAUCGGCUGCUACAUCCAAACCCUAGCCAAGGUCGUCGGAAGCGAGGAGGAAGCUAAGAAGAAGAUAUACAAUGUGUCUUGCGAGCGCUACUUUGGAUUCGGGUGCGAAAUUGACGAGGAAACAUCAAACAAGCUUGAAGGUCUUCCUGGUGUUCUGUUUGUGCUUCCUGAUUCCUAUGUUGAUCCUGAGAACAAGGACUAUGGAGACGACAGUUUGUACAGCUCUAUUCCAUCUUGGCAAAGAAAAGGAGCCUUACAAGGCAAUGUCUGGCUCUGAAUGCUAAUGAACUUACAUCAGCUGUCUCUUCAACAGCUCUGCACUCAGGUUAAAUGAAGUUGCAGAUCAGUGAAGAUGAAACAUGAAUACCACUUUCAGUUUGCAUUGAUAUAUUUUUAUAUUUUAUUCCGUCAUUUGGAUGCCUGAGUUAUGUAAAUUAGUACAUUAUUGUUAAUUUUAGAACCCAUUAUUUUGAAUAUCAUUGGCAGACUUUCUGAUGUAGAAACUGUUCUAGAUUUCUUGUUUGUUCUUAUUGUAUUUUGAAAGGAAGUAUUAUGUAUAUAUUUCUUAUUCCACCAGAAAAAAGCUGUAGAUGACUGCAGAAGUAGUUUGCAUGUCUAGUCCAUCUUGGCAAAGCAGAAGAACCUAAUGAGGCAAUGUCUAGCUUUGAAUGCUAAUGGACUUAUACCAACCAUCUCUUUAACGGUUCUGCAUUCAGAUUAAAUGAAGUUGCAGAUCAGUGAAGAUGAGACAUGAAUGCAAUUUAUAAUUUGUAUGAGUUGAGCUCUUGAGAUAUGUGAAUUAAUAAAAUGCUAAUUCCAUAUUUCCAUCAAACAGCAUCCUGGACAAGCAUUGGAAUAUUUGCAUUCUACAACUUGUGCUGGAUUUUUUUUUUUGGUGUAUAUAAAGGGUGCUGGUGUAUAUUCCACAGGAAUAGUUUUUUGGUAUUUGCAGACUACAGUUUAUAUGUGUUUAGUCCAUAUUGGCAAAGUGGAAGAAAUGUAUUAGACAAUGUACAGCUCUGAGUGUUUCAGUCAAUGCUGUUGAGAUUAGUAAAUAUAAGAUAUAAAUGUUGCUGUCAGUUCUCUUGUUGUUUUAUUUGUUGUAUGCGUUCCUUAGGGAUGUGAAUCAGCAACAUGAUUAUUGCAGAAUAAAUGCGUUCUUUGGAAAGCACUGGAACUUUUGAUGAUUGAGUAAUGGUUGCUGUGGAUUUGAUGGGGUAAAUGGAAAACAAUAGAUGACACCUGGGGGUUGAAACAGGCAUGGUGGAAAGGACUGGAGGAUGCAAGUUGUAGAUGUAGAAACAGCAGCAAGUAAGUUGGAGGAAAGGAAUAAAAAGUGAAGGCUAAUAUCUAGAUUUAAGAUGAAGUCAUGGAUUUGACCACCAGAGUAAAAUUCAUUUGAAGGUUUAAAUUCAACAUAAGAAAGAGGGGGGAAAUUAAAUGACCUUGUGUUAAAGGUUCCAUCUAUCUGACUGCAAAGCAUAGUUAUUGGUUUGCUUGUCUGAUUUGAAUAAUAUUUACUGUAUUUCUUUUCUUGAUUCACAACCAGGAAUAUUUUUAUUGUCAAAAUUUAAUGCUUGAUGAGCCAAAGAUAACUUGCAUAGUUUAUAAGCUUAUUUUACUUCUUGAUGUUUAUUCAUAUAUUAACUUGCAACAGUUGGUCAUUUCUUUCAUGUGAUUAUUUUGUCGAUGUUUACCUUUGGUGUUGGUAUUGUUUCUAUUUCUCACCUGCAUGAAUUAACAAUGUGAUCCACUUUCCCUUUAUUAAUGGUUUUAAUGUUAAUGUCACAUCAAGAAAUGACUCUUUUAGCAAUCUCAUGCCUAUGAAAUAAAUGUUUGAGAAUGUCUAUAUCCAAGUGCUUAUAUUAUAUAAAUUCAUUGUUUUAAUUUUUAAUUUGUAAAUGAGUAAUUUGUUAUUUGAUAUUUUGCUGUUUUUUGAUGUAAGUUGAUUUAGUGCACAAUAAAAUGAAAUUAAUAAGGGAAGCAUUAGUUAUAAAUGCUUUUAUGUGUGUUCUAAACCAUGUUUUAUCCGCAAGUCUGUUAGGGCUGAAAAUGGAUUGGAUAUGGAAUGCAUAUUAGUAUAUCCAUGUCCAUAUUUGUUUUUGUUACUCAAGCUAAGAGUGUAUUAAUAUCUCACUUAUUUUUCUUAAAAAUCAUGAGUGCUAUAAAAGACUAGCUAGGAUUACAAAUCAAAUCAUAUAUUCAGAUACGGAUCAUAUAGUUGACUAUCUCUAUUCAUAUCCAUUUUUCUUUGUGGGAUAUGUAAUCGGAACUAAAUCGAUUUAAAUCAGUUUCUUAAAACUAAAAUGGUAACUGAAUCAAUGGUUUACAAAAACCAAAUAAAACCAAACCAAGAAAUUUGGUUCGGUUUAUCUGGCUGAGGAGAUGCCAUUUGUUUGGGUUGGAUCAUAUUAGAACAUAACUUGAACCGUAUAUUGUAAUUUUUUCAUAACACUAUUGUAAAUAUGCCUGGGUAACACCUGUAUGGGUCGAAUAUUAAAACAAGAAAACUAGGUGUGCGUGCUUACAGUUGCACGGGCUUCACUUUGUGUUCUCACCAAAUAUUUUUUUAAAACAGAUAUAGGUUGGUUUUUUGGUUUGGUUUGAUCUUUUAAAAAUCCAAACCGAAAAUGGACCCGAUUUUUUCAGUAUGAUAAU